CGAGGAUACCCAAUUCCCUUGGUUUUUGUGACGAUCGCCACCGCGGCGCUUCCAUUCGAUUCGCAGUUUCGCGUAGAUUCGCCGACAAGGAUGAAGCAGCGACAGGAAGAAGUUGAAGGUAUGGACAAGCGACCUAGAGAAGCCCUAGUAGAAGCGUUAGCGGAGCCAGAAGCUGCAUCGGCAGGCAGUGAGCGGCGCUACACCAAACUUGAAGAAGCCAUGGAGAUCAAAUCCCUGCGCCGUAUCAUCAGCGCCUAUCUCAAUUACCCGGAUGCUUCUGAGGAGGAUAUCAGAAGACACGAAAGAUCUUUCAGAAAGCUUCCACCUUCGCAUAAAGUAUAACUCCAUCCCAAUGCUUCUGCAGGCACUUCUCUCACAUCUUCCGUCAAAGUAUCAGAAACUUAGACGGUGUGUAUCUGUCAAUGCAUACUUUAUAAUGAGCAUGCUUCAGGCCUUUGAACCACCACUUGACAUGAGCCAGGAUAUAUAUAUUGGUGAAGAUGAGAAUUUACCUAAAAGUCAUUGUUCUGAAAAUGAUAAAUGGCCUAGUGAAAGAAAUAUUUGCUCAGAUCAAACUCUUCCUAUUAGUGGAAGCAACACUUCUGACUCUGAGCCAACCAGUUCUGAAACAAAUAAAUUGACUGAUCAAUCUUUUGAAAGGACGACUAAGGAAGAGGAGAUACAUAUGGACGAGUCCACUGUGGAAAAGUUUUCAAGUUCUGUUCACCCAAAAGGUUUGUGCAAUGGCAGCAUGGAUGAUUUGAAUAUUGUUGCUGGUUCAGAUGCUUGUUGCUCCAACUCUUCUGCUAAUGGAAGAGAAACUCCUCAUGCACACGAUUGGAUGGAUCCAUUGACCCGGUUACAUGUUCCUCUUGUUGAUGUUGACAAGGUAAGAUGCAUCAUUAGAAACAUUGUGAGAGAUUGGGCACCUGAGGGUCAAAAUGAACGUGACCAAUGUUACAAACCUAUACUUGAUGAGCUUAAUCACCAAUUUCCAGAUCGUUGCAAAGAAAGGCCUCCUACUUGUUUAGUCCCUGGUGCUGGACUUGGUAGACUAGCUUUGGAGAUCUCUUGCCUUGGUUUUAUAAGCCAAGGGAAUGAAUUUUCAUACUACAUGAUGAUAUGUUCUAAUUUUAUCCUUAACUAUACUCAAAUGGCUGGGGAAUGGACAAUUUAUCCAUGGAUCCAUAGCAACUGCAAUUCCCUUUUUGAUAAAGACCAACUUCGUGCUGUUUCAUUUCCAGAUAUUCAUCCAUCAAGUGCAGGAAUUACUGAGGGCUUUUCUAUGUGUGCUGGUGACUUUGUUGAGGUCUAUAAUGAUGAAAAUCAAGAAGGUUCAUGGGAUGCUGUUGUGACUUGUUUUUUCAUUGACACAGCACAUAACAUUGUUGAAUACGUUGAAACUAUAUCAAAGAUUCUGAAAACUGGAGGGGUAUGGAUAAAUUUGGGCCCUCUCCUUUAUCAUUUUGCAGACUCAUAUGCACCUGAGGAUGAGAUGUCCAUUGAACUUAGUUUGGAAGAUGUGAAGAAGGUUGCUUUUCAUUAUGGAUUUGUCAUGGAGAAGGAGAAAAUAAUAGAGACAACAUACACUGCAAAUCCUCUCUCAAUGAUGCAAAAUCGGUACUUCACCUCCUUCUGGACGAUGAGGAAAAACAAGUGAAAGAAAGUGGUUCAUGAGACUUAUUAUCAAAUUCAUUGGUUGAGACUUAAUACCAGGGAAGAAAAAAAAAACUAAUGGCAGGAGCCUUUUUCUAUAACUAUUCAUUGCAUACUGAAAUUCAUGUGAUAAUGCACAUACCAUGUUUUUUUUCUUCUCUUAUAAUCACUCUGUAACAUCCUCGAAACCAGAUUAUUGAAACAUGUAUCUCAAUGUUGUUUUUUCUCUUCUAUUGCCCACAUUUGCUAUUCAAUUCUGUUUGCAGGAUGAAAAACUCCUUCCCAUCUUAAACCAGUUUAAUUAAAUCGAUAAUUUUGAAUAUGAUAUUUCUUUUCUAGUUAA